AUGAAAGUGCAGAGACCGCUUAUGGGAGUUGGCGGAUGGUACGAAUGCUUGGCGGCCGAUUGGCUUGCGGACAUGAGGAGUAAGCAGGUCCCCACGUCUACCACCUCGGCCAGGCGGCUCGCGGCCUUAAUCCGGCCGCUGGCCGGUGGGGGCGAGAGCAAGCCGCCGGAGGAAGAAGAGGAACGCGGGGGCUCGCCACUGGGCCCCGGCGGCCCCUUCGCUUGCAGCCAGUGCCGUGGCGCCUACCCUACACGCGAACAGCUGGAGCGCCACGAGACCCUGCAUUCGCCCAGCACUCAGGUGGAUAACAUCAAAUAUUCUUGCAAGAUCUGCCACAAGAGCUUCGCGAAUGUAUACCGACUGCAACGCCACAUGAUCAGUCACGACGAGAGCGCUGGCCUUCGUAAAUUCAAAUGCAACGAUUGUGAUAAGGCAUUUAAAUUUAAACAUCAUCUCAAGGAGCAUCUUCGAAUACACAGUGGGGAAAAACCAUUCGAAUGUGCCAACUGUGGUAAAAAGUUUUCCCACUCCGGCUCUUAUUCUUCUCAUAUGACGUCAAAAAAAUGUCUAGUGAUGAAUCUCAAAAUGGGAAGAAUAAAGCCAAACAAUCCUGCUCUCAAUCCUGAUCGAAGUCCAUCGCGCAAACGAACUAAUGCAAUGGUUACAUCGCAAUUAAACAAUAACAUCACGCCGAAUGGAAAUUCUUUCUUACCAAUUCUUCCUAAAUAUAGCGAUGCGGCUGCCGCGUUUUUCUCAUCAAUGUCAUCACCUGAAAAUAAUUACCACCGACUUCCACUAGGCCAGCCGGGGAUGAAUCCUUUCUACAUGCCUCCCGGAAUGCCUAUGAGUCCUGCUAACGGCAUUGCUCCAUAUAGUUUUCCAACUUCAUUGAGUCAACUUUUUGAGCAUAUAGCAUCACAACAAUAUCAACACAGAAAACUAGAAAACCCAAGUCUAAAGCAAAUGGGACCUCCUUCCGCAGACCCCGAAGAUUUAAUAGAAGAAGUUAUAGAUGAUGAGGAUAAAAGAUCUGAAGGCAGCGCUGAGCUCGUAAUGGAUAUUGAAGAAGAGGAUAGCGUUUGUAUAAAGAAGGAACAUGAAGACCGAGAAACCGAGCAAAGGUCGCCUUCACGCGUUUAUGAAUCCGUCCCAGUUAACGAUAACAACGCAGAGCCUGAGAACAAUGAUAUUAACCUUAAAACAAUAAUGAAUAGCGUUCAUUCAAAACGCAAUCUGCUUUUCCGGAACAUGUCCCCAGUUCCUGGAAACAUUUAUCAAAACGCCGAGCCAACAUUACAAGCCAUAAAAGAUGAACCUGAUGACUUGCAUUGCUUGAAAUGCAACAUUACAUUCAACGAUAAAAAUGAACUUUUAGAACAUGAGAAGGUAUUAUGUGGAAAUAUGUUCAGAAAACAUGAGGGUUUAGCCGCUCAGAUGGCUGAAACAGUAGCACUGAAUCGCUUAGAAGCUGAAAUGCGAGCAUCUAUACAGAGCGGAGUUAGUGCAAGCGAAGACGAAGACCUCAGUAAAGAUGACAGAGAUGAUAAAGUAUCCUUACACGAGAAUGAUAGAAAAAUUAGAGUUCGCACCGCGUUGAGCGAAGAACAACAAAUAGUACUGAAAGAACACUAUGCAGUUAAUCCACGGCCCAAUAGAGAAGAAUUUAAAAAGAUCGCUCAACAAAUCGGAUUAGACAACAGGGUUGUACAAGUAUGGUUUCAAAACAAUAGGGCGAGGGUAAGGCGAAUGACUCAAACGAUAGCAAUUUCGGAUCAGCCGUUGGAUUUAUCAACAAAAAAAUCUAACGCAUCUAUAACUUCUAGUCCAUCGCCCUCACCGCCUUGCAGCAUUUCAGUUACACAUUCCGAUUCUGAAGAAGCCGUUAAUUUGAGCCAGAAAUCUUCACGCAGCACGACGCCGCAUCGCUCCAACUAUCUUAACACGUAUCCACAUUCCAAUUGCUCUUCCUCGUCGUUUACGGAUUUCCGACAGUCACCGUCACCGAGCGAAACGAUCAAUGGGCAGAAGAGAUUAUUGUCACAAAAGAUGCCCGUCAACCCUCUGGUGCCGAUGGAUAAACUUCUUCAAUAUAAUGAUAUCACAAACGGGCGAUCGCCAAUCCUUAAUAUGCAUAGAUCUAUGGAAACCCGAAAAGAAUCAAGUCCAUCCUACGACCGCCCGUCGUGGGGCGAAGAGCAAAAUCAAAACGAAUUUGAAGAUGAAACGUCAGUACUUAAGAAAAGCAAGCUAAAGAUCGGAAAUGAUUUCAAAGAAGGAGAGGGACAAUUUGUUUGCGACCAAUGUGAUAAAACUUUUGUGAAGCAAAGCUCUCUAGCGAGACAUAAAUACGAACAUUCAGGUCAACGACCGUACAAGUGUUUGGAGUGCCCGAAAGCGUUUAAGCACAAGCAUCACCUCACCGAGCACAAGAGGCUGCAUACCGGCGAGAAACCUUUCCAGUGCUGCAAGUGCCUCAAGAAGUUCUCUCACUCCGGCUCCUAUAGCCAACACAUGAACCACAGGUUUGCGAUCUGCAAGCCCUACAGAGACUAA